UUUAUUACAAUUACAAUAAUAUUGAUUGAUUAAUAUAUUUCAAUUAAUUAAUAUAAUUAAAUUGACAUGAUGCAAGCAGUUAUUGACUUCUGUGGAUACAAAAUUCCAGAUGAUAAAUUUGGUGUAAAAGAAUUUAGUAUUUACUACAUAAAUAAAGAUAAUAAAAUUAUUCGUAAAAUAUUUAAUGUCGUACAACCACCAUGUGAAUGGCACAAUUUACAACAGGUAACUAAAAAUGAAUAUAAAAAGUUUUACGAAAUAUAUGGUAUUAAUUUUAAAGCAGGUUCUUACAAGUACAAUUUAUCUAUUUUUGGUUUGAAUAAAUAUUUAAGAACUAUGAAAUGUAUAUACGUCAGUGAUUUAGGGAAAAAAGAUAUAUUGUUAAAGUAUGUUCUUUAUAGGAGAAAAAAAAAUAUCAUUUGUAUGAAUGAUUUGGGGUAUGUUAUUAACCAAGAAAUGAAAACUAAAUGCAGCAAUCAUGAAAAUCCGGAUAAAAAUAAUUGUGUCAAUGAUAAUGCUUUAGCUAUGACUGAUUGGCUUUUGAAAUCGAAAUUGAACGUUUGUAGUAAUGUCAGUAGUGAUAAUGAUGACAAUGGCCAAACUGAAGAACCUCGAAAUGCAAAACCUCCAAAUAAAGAACCACCAAAUGAAAAACCACAAAAUGAAGAACCUCAAAAUGAAAAGUCUCAAAAUGAAGAACUUCAUAAUAAAGAACCUCAAAAUGAAGAACCUCAAAAAGAAGGACCUCAAAAUGAAAAGCCUCAAAAUAAAGAACUUCAAAAUAAAGAACCGCAAAAUGAAAAACUUCAAAAUGAAGAACUUCAAAAUAAAGAACCGCAAAAUGAAAAACUUCAAAAUGAAGAAUCUCAAAAAAAAGAACCUCAAAAUGAAAAACCUCAAAAUGAAGAAUCUCAAAAUGAACAAGAAAUAGCGAUGGAAGAAUAAAUUUACAAUUACAGGGGUUAUCAGAUAUUUUCGGCUGAGUUUUUUUCGGAAACAAAAUCUCUAAAGACAAAAUACCGACCGCACAUUGAUGCACUACUGUCUAAUCUAGCGAAGUGCGCUUAAAUUGUUUGACAAUAUUCGUUUGUUUAAGAGAAAAACUCGGCCAAAGUUUCCAAUUACUGCACAAGUGCAACAAAGAUAGUAUCGUUCGUGGACUUAAGUGUAAUAGAGAGAGAAGUACGAACCCCUGAUAAUUUACUUAUGAAAUUGAUGAAAAAUUUACUAAUUAUAA